AUUUAUUUAUCAUAUCUUCUAAGACAAUUAACCCUCUCGCAAUUCACAAGAAUGCCAUACACAUCAUCAACCUAACAUCUAUAAUAAACCCAUAUGCCACAGAAGAAGAAAAAAAACAAAAACAAAAGAACAAAACAAAAUGUUACAAACUAUAAAAAAGUGGAAGAAGCACUAAUAACAAUUAUUGAAGGGCUGUUCAACUGUAGCACUUCACAGUUCACACACCAGAAAGUUGCACGAACGAAAAGAUGAUCAAACCCAGAAUGAUGAUGAAGUUUCCAGUGGCCAAGGAGGCUGAGGAGGAAACCGGCAAGGCAGACCCAGAUGGCGAAACGCCUGUUUCCAGAGCAGGAGCCAGAAAAUUAUCUGGGUUUGGAGGACUCGGACUUGAAGGAAUUGUGGGAAAGGAAGAGUCAGCUGGAGAUGGAGCCAUGGCAGGGUCACCAACUGGAGAAGGAAAUAGUGGAGUAAUGUCUGGAGAUAAUGAGCUAGGAGAUGGAGCUAAAAGAGGAUAUGGCAACAAUGCAGGUGCUGCUGAUAUACUGUUGAAUGUUUGUACAUGUGUUUCAGAUGGUAAUGAUUUAGUGGAAGCUAAGGAAGAAAAGAAACCCAUGAAGAAGAUACUGAAGAUUCUGAAAACCAAAGAAAAGGAAGCCAUUUUAAUGAUGAAGGUAUAAUGAGAUUGUGUGAGUGUGUAAUUUCAGAGAGGUGGGGGAGAGGAAAUUGAUUAUUUAAGUGGCUUAAAAAGUAAGUUGAGAAGGUGAAGAUGGUGAGGAAUGGGUUAGUGCU